UCACUCAUCUGUGAGCGGAUCCACCGCAAUUAUUCACCUCACACCGCAACCACCAUGACCACUUCUCUCGACCAUCUCAAACAAACUGGUACCGUCGUCGUAUCUGACUCUGGCGACUUCGAGUCCAUCGAUGUAUAUAAGCCUCAGGAUGCUACUACAAACCCUUCUUUGAUUUUGGCUGCUGCCAACAAGCCAGGGUAUGCCCGCCUGGUUGAUGCUGCUAUCAAGCACGGAAAGAGCAAAGGUGGUAGCCUCGAUGUCCAAGCCAACGCCGCUAUGGACAGAUUGCUCGUCGAGUUCGGUAAAGAGAUCCUUGCUAUCAUCCCCGGCCGCGUCUCGACCGAGGUUGAUGCCCGCCUUUCGUUCGACAAGCAGGCUACCAAGGCAAAAGCCAAGGAGCUUAUUGCACUUUACGACUCCGUUGGUAUCAAGAAGGAGCGUGUUCUGAUCAAGAUCGCAUCAACAUGGGAGGGUAUUCAAGCUGCUCGUGAACUCGAGAGAGAUGAUGGUAUACACUGCAAUCUUACGCUUCUUUUCGGUUUCGGUCAGGCUGUUGCUUGUGCUGAGGCUGGUGUCACCCUCAUUUCGCCAUUCGUCGGCCGCAUCCUUGAUUGGUACAAGAAGAGCACUGGUAAGAAUUACGAGGGUGACGAAGACCCUGGUGUUAAGUCGGUGAAGAAAAUAUUUAACUACUACAAGCAACAUGGCUACAACACUAUCGUCAUGGGUGCGAGCUUCCGUAACACGGGCGAGAUUAAAUCACUGGCUGGUGUCGACUUCUUGACUAUCUCUCCAUCAUUACUCGAAGAAUUGAAGGGGUCGACGGAGCCUGUUCCGAAGAAGCUUGACUCUCAGGCUGGUAGGUCUGCUCAAGCCGACCCUAUUCCCAAAGUUACGUUCAUCGACAACGAGCCCGAGUUCCGCUGGACCCUUCUCCAAGACCAAAUGGCUUUCGAUAAGCUCCAUGAAGGUAUCAAGAAGUUCGCAGAAGAUGGCGAAACCCUUAAGAAUGUCCUCAAGGAAAAGCUCUCUAAAGCAUAGAUAGUGCGAAUCUCUGCCAAUCUGGCAAUAUUGUUCGGUGUAUUCUGUAGGAAUUCAGGCAGUGAAGGAAAAGGCUUGCAUGCUGUAAUAGGAUGAAAAAUGUAAUUCGAUGCUAUGGUGACCAUAGAUAUUUUCCGCUUCCAAUUUCGAUAGAUGGGAGAUGCGUUAGCAUAUU